AAGGCGACGGUCCAAACUCAGAAGGGUUACCAUUGGCAAAGCAAGACAGAGCAGAGCAGGGGAGCUGAGCAGGAGAGCAGUGGGCGGCAGGGCAGGCGCGCGUUUGGGACUCUUCAGGACCUCCGUACCAGCCGACAGAAACGAUGAGCCAGCGACAAGUGCUUCAAGUGUUUGAGCAGUACCAGAAGGCCAGAACUCAGUUUGUGCAGACCAUUGCUGAACUCGCUACACGGCCGCAAAACAUCGAAACUCUACAAAAUGCAGGUGUAAUGUCCCUGCUGAGGCCUCUACUCCUGGAUGUGGUCCCAACGAUCCAGCAGACAGCGGCUUUGGCUCUGGGGAGGCUGGCCAAUUACAACGAUGACCUGGCAGAGGCCGUUGUUCAAGGAGACAUUCUUCCUCAGCUGGUGUACUCCCUGUCUGAUCAAAAUAGGUUUUACAAGAAGGCGGCAGCCUUUGUGCUGAGAGCUGUGGCCAAGCAUUCACCCGAACUCGCACAGGCAGUGGUGGACUGUGGGGCGCUGGAAGCCCUGGUGAUCUGCCUGGAAGAGUUUGACCCAGGGGUGAAGGAGGCAGCGUCCUGGGCACUUGGAUACAUUGCUAGGCACAACGCAGAACUUUCCCAGGCUGUCGUAGACGCUGGCGCUGUGCCUCUUCUGGUGUUGUGUGUCCAGGAGCCGGAGGUGGCCUUGAAGAGGAUCUCCGCCUCGGCCCUCAGUGACAUAUCCAAGCAUUCUCCGGAGCUGGCACAGACGGUGGUGGACGCCGGGGCCAUCGCUCAUUUAGCACAGAUGAUCCUCAACCCUGAUGCAAAAUUAAAGCGUCAGGUGUUCUCGGCGCUCAGUCAGAUAUCGAAGCAUUCCGUGGAUCUGGCCGAGAUGGUGGUGGAGGCAGAAAUCUUUCCAGCAGUUCUCACCGGCUUGAAGGAUUCAGAUGAAUACGUGAAGAAAAACGUCGCAACGUUAAUCCGAGAAAUUGCCAAACACACCCCUGAGCUGUCACAGCUUAUCGCAAACACAGGAGGAAUCGCUGCAGUCGUCGACUACAUUGGUGAAUGCAAUGGCAACGUCCGACUGCCUGGCAUUAUGAUGCUCGGCUAUGUGGCAGCUCACUCGGACACCCUGGCCAUGGCAGUGAUCGUGUCUAAGGGGGUACCACAGCUGGCCAUCUGCCUGUCGGAGGAGAAGGAGGACCACAUAAAGGCAGCCACUGCCUGGGCAUUGGGGCAGAUUGGCAGGCACACUCCGGAGCACGCACGUGCUGUCACCGCAGCCAACAUCCUGCCCAAACUUCUGUCUCUCUACAUGGACACAGACAGCUCAGAGGAUCUGCAGAUGAAGGCGAAAAAGGCCCUGAAGAACAUCCUGCAGAAGUGCACCCACCUGCCCGCCCUGGAGACCUUACUACACGACGCGCCCACCAGCAUCCUCAAGCACGUCGUGGGGCAGUUCAGCAAGGUUCUUCCCCAUGACAGCAAAGCCCGGCGUCUGUUUGUCACCAGUGGUGGCCUCAAGAAAAUCCAGGAGAUUAAGGCUGAGCCCGGGUCCUCGUUACAAGAGUACAUCAACACCAUCAAUAACUGCUACCCCGAAGAAAUUGUCCGGUAUUAUUCCCCCGGUUACUCGGAGACCCUCUUGGAGAGAGUGGAGCAGUACCAGCCAGCCUUAUAGAUGUGACCCAGCUCGGCGUCCAUUACAGGAGGGCACAGAGGACAAGCAGCUGGAUGAGCUGCCAGGGCUUUGUGGAGAACCUCGACCUUGGCCGGUCUUCAUCGACUGGCCCUUUUAUACAAAUGUAUGUGAAACAAUAAAUCAGGGUGCCUUUUGUAAUCUU